AUGAACUCGCUGAACAUCUUGUCGUCCCGAGUAAUUGGCCAGCCUACCAGUUCCAGUAGAAGUCGUCAACGAUCUCGAUCGCAAGGAGAGAUUUCCCGGACAAUUGAACCAGGCGACCUCGCCAAGUUUCGGUCCUAUAGUGAGAGCAACUUCCAUGCUUCGGAUCACCAUGAGAAAAGCCACGAUGAGACGCCCGGCGCGCCAGAUGACCUCGAAAACCAUGAGUACACGCUUGAUGAGAAAUCACCCUUAUUACGAAGUCUAUCCAAGGAUCGCUCGCUGGGCGCAACCAGCACCAUAGGACUGUUCGUGCACCGGUUCUUCGAGGCGAUUGCCGAGACCAUCAAGUUCAUUCUGUCAACCUUGGCCGCGCCUGGAUUCUUUGUCGCCCACUGCUUUCGCGAUGACGAUGGGCAAUACUCUCCGCUGGCUCCGUUCCGCAAAAUCAGCCGCCUGAUUCCGCGUCGUUCCAAACGAUCAGGUCUUGACGCGCCGGGCAAAGGAGGGACUCCAGCACAUGGCAAACAACGAACAUCACGACGACCCAAAGCUCAUAGAUCACGCGAAUCAAUUGCCUCGAGUACAUCGGAGUCAGAGGGGGAUCGGCGAAGCGCCAAGGGACUCGGCAGCAGUCAUCCUCGGUCCGUCAAGUCCAAGUCCUCCAACUCAGAGCAUGCACCAGACGACAACACCCCUCGGCGAUCUAUUCGAAUCAAGCUUCAUAAUGAAGAGGCGUUCAAGCGGAACCGGCAGCGCCGUGCGCAAAGCACGGAUCUGGGACAGGCGUCACAGAAUGGAUCCCAGGGCGCUCUCAAUCUUGAUAGCUUGAAGUCCCCGACCUCCCCGUCGGUCCAUCGAGUCACUCGAUAUCCGCAUUCGCCCGUUCCUCCUCGACCUCUGAUUCCCCAGCGCAUACCUUCCUACACGGCCAACCUACGCAACACGAAAAGCCCGCAAAAGACUCUGGUCCUCGAUCUUGACGAAACUCUCAUCCACUCCCUGGCCAAGGGUGGCCGCAUGUCCAGCGGCCACAUGGUUGAAGUCAAGUUGUCCACGCCCAUGACGACCGCUCUGACUCCAGGCGGGCCUCCGACUACGCUUGGUCCGCAACAUCCCAUCUUGUACUAUGUCCACAAACGGCCUCACUGUGACGAGUUUCUUCGCAAGGUGUGUAAAUGGUACAAGCUGGUGGUUUUUACUGCGAGUGUGCAAGAGUACGCAGAUCCGGUUAUCGACUGGCUGGAACAGGAGCGGAAAUACUUCCACGCGCGAUAUUACCGGCAGCAUUGUACCUUUCGCAACGGCGCGUACAUUAAAGAUCUCAGCUCUGUUGAGCCAGACCUGAGUAAAGUGAUGAUCCUGGACAAUAGUCCUAUGAGUUAUAUUUUUCACGAAGAUAACGCAAUCCCCAUUGAGGGCUGGAUUAAUGAUCCGACGGACAACGGGUUGCUCCACCUCGUCCCCAUGUUAGAAGCUCUACAGUAUGUAACCGAUGUGCGGGCUUUCCUAGCCUUGCGUAGAGGGGAAACAGAAGCAUAG